AUGUCCGCAUCACCCACAGUCACCUCCAAAGUUGUCGAGGUCAACGGCGUCUCACUGUCCUACCGGGAGAGCGGGAAAGGCGAACCUCUGGUCUUGGUCCACGGCCACAUCUCCGAUCAACGCACCUGGUUCGAUCUCGAACACAGACUCGCGACCCGGUUCCGCGUCUUCAAUUACAGUCGACGCUACGCUUGGCCUAAUGAACCCGUCAAGGACGAUCAGCCCACGCCCUGGGAGCAAGACGCCGAUGACCUCGCGGCUUUCAUCGAGACCUUGGACAUCGGGCCCGUCCAUGUCCUGGCCAACUCGUCGGGCGCCGUCAUCAGUCUGUACCUGGCACGGAGGAAACCUCGGCUGUUUCGGAAUUUGAUGGUCGAGGAGCCGCCCGCCAUUGGGCUGUUUAUCCAGACCUUCCCCCCUCCUUUGACGUCGGUGCUCUCCUUCCUGCUGCACCACCCGAUAACGUUCUGGCCGGUGAUGAAGUUCGGCGCCAGCACCACCGGGCCGACGAUCGUGCACUGCAAAAAGGGAGAAUACGACCAGGCCCUGUCCGUCUUCUGCAGCGGCGUCAUGGGCCCAAAGUACUGGCCGCGCAUCCAGGCGAACCCGGAGCGUCUGCGCCAGGUCGAGGACAACGCCAAAUGGCUGUGCCACUUCUUCCGCUACGCCUCCAUGCCAAAGUACUGGGUAGAGGACGCGCAGAACACCAAAGUGCCGCUCCUGGCCAUGGCCGGACAGGAAAGCGCGGCUCAUCAGUGGUGGACUGUCCACGAAUUGCACAGGGUCAGCGGCGCGCCCAAGAAGAAACUAGUCUACAUUGACGCUGCAGGGCACCUGAUGCACGAGGACAACCCGGAAGCUGUCUUUGAGGAAGUCGUAAAGUUUGUCUCUCAAUGA